AAAUUUAUUUUAAGAAUCACUUAAUCUCAGUGAAUUUUUGAAAUCCAGAAAAACAACACGUGUGCUAAUAAUAGAUGAAAAUAUUUCACUCGACCUCAUAUACUGUGUGGUUCAUAUAAUAUUUUCCUGAAAAUUUGUAUACUGGAUGUUUGUGAAGAGCUUUUUUUGGUUAAAAUACUUUUAUUGGUGUACAAGCUUUUGUUAUACAGGAAGCAUUGUUAAAAAUGUAUGUCUGAAAGGUUAGAAAUAAGUAAAACAGUUGUUGACUGACAUGAACAACAUUCUUGUCCAACUGUUAUUAGUUUCCAUAAAUGUAUAGCUAGUGAAGCAAUUUGGGUCAUAUAAAAACAUUGUUUAUCCUCCUGAACAAUUUUCAUCAAACUGGAAACAAUAUUUGUCUAGCUGAAACAAUUGUUACCCAAUUUUGUUGAAUUUUUGUUUAAUUGAACACAAUUUUGAAUUAAUGGUACAAUUUUUCUUAAAUAAGAACAUUUAGUCUUCAUUAACAGCAUCUUUUGUUGGACUAAACACAAUUCUUGUUGCACUGAAGAUGUUUUUUGUUCUACUGGAACAAUUUUUGUCAAAAAACCAUUUUCUUAUUAAAAAAAAAUUUCUUUGGACUAAAACCAUUUUUUGUCAAACUAGAACAAUUUUCAUUGGACUAAAACCAUUCUUGUCCUACUAUACAAUAUUUGCUGGACUGAGAAAGAUUGAAUUGUAUUAGAAGUACAAUAUAUUUAGAUUCAGUUCAUUUUGAUACACCUCGUAUGUUUGAGUCAUUUCUACAGGAUCUUCUUCUUUCUUCCAUAAUAGGUCUAACGCCUAUUUUUUCUUUGAUAUCUUUUCUAAUCUUGGCUCUAGAUUUUCACUCGACCUUUUUCUUAGUUGAUCUUUACUACGUGUAUCUGGACUGGUUCUAUAAUCUCUUCUUCUCUACUUUCAUAUCAAAUCUCAGGUUACAUCCGUUUAGAACUAUAAUAACCGAUAAAUGAGUAACCAUAUAGGCAAAGGCCAAAUUACAGGAAAAAGAAGAAUCAUGUAUCUAGCCUCGUUACGAAAUGACAGUGGUGUAGAAAGAAUUGUUGUGGAAAUAGAAAUAGCGGUAUUAGAGAGAAUAGAAGAUGACGGACAAGAAUGUACCCCCUUGAUAAUAGCAGCGAAAAAUGGACACGAUAAAGUUGUUAGAAUGUUAUUAACAAAUUACGAACCUAAUCUAGAAGUAGAAGGUAUAGUUAGAUUCGAUGGUUAUGUGAUAGACGGUGCUACGGCACUCUGGUGCGCCGCAUGUGCAGGUCAUUUAAUUAUUUGUAAAUAUUUAAUAAAAGCCGGUGCCGAUAUAAACCACGGUACUAAAACGAGUUCUACGCCACUUCGAGCGGCCUGUUUCGACGGCCGUUUGGACGUGGUACAAUAUCUAAUACACCAUAAGGCUGAUAUACACCUAGCGAAUAAAUAUAAUAACACCUGCCUCAUGAUAGCUUCUUAUAAGGGUCAUUUAGAAAUAGUUCGUUAUUUGUUGGAAAAAGGCGCGAAUCCGAACGAAAAAGCUCAUUGUGGGGGUACUGCGUUACAUUUUGCCUCCGAAUGUGGGCACGUGGGAGUUGUUAAGCAACUUCUUUUGUAUGAUGCGAAAUUUAGCAGUAAUGACGUAGGGAUGACGGCGAUCAAAGCCGCCGCUGAAAAAACCAAAGAAGGGGUAGUGGAAUUCUUGAUUAACAGAGAAGAUAUUUCGGUGGAAGAUAAAAUUGAGGCUUUGGAACUUUUGGGAGCGUCGUUUGCAAACGAUAAAGAAAACUACAACAUUGUUAAAGCUUAUAAAUACAUGUAUUUAGCAAUGCAAUUGAGAUACAGCGAUCCCGAUAAUCCGAUCAAGAAAAACAUUAUCAAACCCAUCGAAGCCUACGAAAACUGGAUAGAAUGUCAAACAAUCCAAGAACUCCAAGCCAUAAGCGAAAAUCACAACAGUCUCCACAUGGAAGCUUUAACCAUUAGAGAAAGAAUCUUGGGAACCCACAACGCCGAAGUACCUUAUCCGGUGAUAUACAGAGGAGCGGUUUUUGCCGAUAACGCCCGUUUUGAUAGGUGUUUGGAAUUGUGGUUGCACGCCCUCCGUUUAAGAUUGAAGACAUCCGUCCCGGUCGGUAAGGAUCUUCUGAGAUUCGCCCAAGUGUUCUGUCAAAUGUUGGACGUCGACAUUUCUUUAUCCUUCGAUUGCGUUUACGAAGUAUUCGCAGCCGCUGUAACGGAAUUGGAACGUAAUAGAGACAAUAUGAAAAAAAAUGUAUGUAAAGAGGAUCCGGAAACGUGUAUGGAUAACAUUGAACAUAACCUCACAACGACAUUGUAUUUUUUAACGAUAUUAACGAAAAUAAUGAAAACGUUUUCCGAAGAGGAACGUUUCAAUAUUCAAAGGAUGGUUUUUACAUUAAAUCAGUUGAAUAUGACUCAAAGGAAUGGAUAUUCUUUGUUACAUUUGGCCUGUAGUUCUGAUACGCCCGUAGACGAGUUUCACAUUAAAGAUGUGUGCAAAUUCCCUUGUAAAGAAACAACGAAAUUAUUAAUAAAUUGCGGGGCUAAUGUAAACGCAAUGGACAUAGAAAGAAACACCCCUUUACAUAUAAUAGUUACAUAUAACAAAGCAGUUUCCGAUUUUUCCACUAUGCAUUCGAUCGUAACGGAUUUAAUCGAAAACGGCGCUCACUUGGACUGCGUCAACAAAUACAACGAAACCCCAUUGGAUACGGCGACGACAGGCGUGGCGGAGAUUAUUUUGAAGACUCAGACCAAAUUGAGUUUGAGGUGUAUGGCCGCGAACGCCAUCAAAACUUAUUCGAUUGUUUAUAGGGGGCAAGUACCCGAAGCUUUGGUGUCUUUUAUCGAAAUGCACGGUUCGGGGGUUAAGAGGAAGAAGUAGGUGCAAAAUUUUUUUUUAUUUCUAUUUUUUUAGCUCUUAUUUUAUACAGUGUUGAAUCGAAAUUAAAAGUUUAUUGCUGUUUUUUUAUUACAUAAAAUUAUUAUUAUUUUUUUUUCGCUAAAAAUUAGCUAAUUGUGAAAUAAAUUAUUUUUAAAUAA